AUGCUGGACAACCCAAACAUCGUCUUCAUCAUGAUGUGCCGGAAGGGCAUCAGUUUGGAUUCGUUCCUCGGUGACCGAUCGACAGAAUCAAUAGAGUCCAACAGAGACGGGCCAUUCGCGAUACACGUCAGUACUUUCGAGCCCCACUCGCCGUACCACGGUCCGUUCAUGGACAUUAACGAUCCGGCGACGCUUCACGUCGGUCCAGCGUUCCUGCAGAAGCCGGAGUCAGUAUCUCUGGUAAACUGUGUCAGGGACAUGGCCGCUCGAAUCCCGAUCUGGCGGCACCGGACUGGAGAUACAGCACAUCUACCCACAACUUAG